GAAAUACUCAAAAUUCAAAAUGCUUGGAGUUAACAAAUGUAAGCACAGUAAAGCUGUAAAAAGAAAGGAACACUGAGUAUUACGGAUAGCACCACCUUCAAAAACCAGCCUGAUUUCAAUCAGGCCGGCGCCAAAAACCCUCUCUCUCAUUACUCUUUAACUCUACCAACGCUCAACUAAUUGAUCGCCGAUAAACAAUCGAAAUGAGCGGAGCUCGAUUGUGCUCUUUGCUCGUUGAAUUGGGAUAUGAAGGUGCUGAUACAUUGGACCCUGACAGCUUCGAAUGGCCCUUUCAAUACGACGAUGCUCGCCCCAUCCUCGACUGGAUCUGCUCCAGCCUCCGCCCCUCCAACGUCCUUUCUCUCUCCGAACUCUCCCAGUAUGAGCAGUUUCUGCAGGAAGGGAGGCUACUGGAGGGGGAAGAUUUAGACUUUGCUUAUGAUAGCAUUUCAGCCUUUUCUUCUGGUAGAGACAAUCAGGAAGCAGUUUUUGGAUCUGAAGAAAGUUUAAAAGAUAUACGGGAUGCAACUCUGGCAUAUAAAAGUGAAGCUUUAGAGUUGCAGAGACAGCUCAGGUAUCUACAGUCUCAAUUUGACAUGCUCACUGGCCAGGCAUCGGCUUUGAUUCAAGGGAGACGGGCUCGAGUUGCUGCAACAUCUACUGUCAAUGGACACCUUACAUCAAUAGAUGAUAGUCUUUCUGCACGAAAUUUACGGAUGAAUGAAGUUCUUGGAAGGAUUGCAUCUACAGCACAAGAGUUGGCUCAUUAUCACUCUGGGGAUGAGGAUGGCAUUUACUUAGCUUACUCUGAUUUUCAUCCAUACUUGCUUGGAGAUUCAUCCUGUAUAAAGGAACUAAAUCAGUGGUUUUCUAAGCAGUUGGACACGGGUCCUUUUCGGCUUGUUGCUGAAGAGGGAAAAUCAAAAUGUUCAUGGGUGAGCCUUGAUGACAUCUCAAAUAUUUUAGUAAGAGACUUAGAACAAUCUCAUCACCAACGUGUAUCUGAGUUGCAACGGCUUCGAUCCAUAUUUGGAACAAGUGAAAGACAAUGGGUUGAAGCUCAGGUUGAGAAUGCUAAGCAGCAAGCCAUUCUCAUGGCACUUAAAUCUCAAAUAACUUCAGAUGAAGCUCAUAUUCAUCUUGAUCUUCACACUCUCAGAAGAAAGCAUUCUGAACUGGUGGGGGAGCUUUCAAAUCUUCAUCACAAAGAAGAGAAGUUAUUAUCCGAGACCAUUCCGGAUCUUUGUUGGGAGCUUGCUCAACUACAAGACACAUACAUUUUGCAAGGUGAUUAUGAUCUGAAGGUCAUGCGACAAGAAUAUUAUAUUAGUCGACAGAAAGUGUAUAUAAAUCAUCUCAUCAAUCAGUUAGCAAGGCACCAGUUCUUAAAAAUAGCUUGUCAGUUGGAAAAAAAGGACAUGCUUGGGGCAUAUUCAUUACUUAAAGUUAUUGAGUCAGAGCUUCAAGGGUACCUGUCAGCAACUAAAGGCAGAGUGGGUCGUUGCUUGGCGCUGACUCAAGCUGCAUCUGAUAUACAAGAACAAGGAGCAGUGGAUGAUCAGGAUACUCUUAUGCAUGGUGUCAGAGACCUUCUAAGCAUUCAUUCAAAUGCUCAAGCUGGAUUAUCAACAUAUGUAUCAGCCCCAGGCAUUGUACAGCAGAUUUCUGCUCUUCAUUCUGACUUGAUGACACUGCAGUCUGAUCUUGAAAACGCUCUUCCAGAAGACAGAAAUAGAUGCAUCAAUGAAUUGUGCAUACUUAUUCAGAGUUUACAGCAAUUACUAUUUGCAUCUUCAACAACCGCGCAGCCAAUAUUGACACCACGUCCAUUGAUGAAGGAGCUUGAUGAAAUGGAAAAGAUAAAUGCAAAGCUCUCUGCUGCAGUGGAAGAGGUCACUCUUGAACACUGUAAAAAGAAUGAGAUUGUGAAACAUCAUUCGCAGGAGGUUGGGCUUCAAAGGCGUGUUUUUGUUGACUUCUUCUGCAACCCUGAUCGUUUGAGAAGCCAAGUUAGAGAAUUGACUGCACGAGUUAGAGCUUUGCAAGUUUCAUAACCCAUUCACUUCAUUUAUGUAGUUAAAUUCUUUUUUUUUUUUUUUUUUUUUUUGUGGGGGGGGGGGGGGGGGGUUCUUUUCUCCCCGACCAACCAAUGCACAAAGAGACUACUGAAUCACUGCAUGUAGAGUUGUCAAUGUGGCCAUUGUAAAGGGUAUUGUAACUGCUGUUCCCAGCUUGUGUUGUUUACAAAUGCCAAAUAUAAACUUGACGUACUAAUAUUAACCUUCUAUUUAAACCA